AUGUCAACCAACUCAGAUGAUGAAGUAUAUGGAGUAUUUGAAGAAAUGGUCGACCAACAAAUUGAUGAUUACAUCGAGUCUGCUCUUACCAAACAGCCGAAGACACGAGUCUAUAUCGAAAGAGAUCGGGAAGUAGGACACAUUCAACUUUGGCAGGACUAUUUCAGUGAAAAUCCUACAUACACACACGACUUGUUUAGGCGACGUUUUCGAAUGAACAAGUCAUUGUUCCUUCGCAUUGUCGAACGUCUAGGUAAUGAAGUUCCAUACUUUCAACAACGGAGAAAUGGUCAUGGAAGGAACGGCCUAUCUACACUUCAAAAAUGCACUUCAGCUAUGAGAAUGUUGGCUUACGGUCGUGCCGGAGAUGCGAAUAACGAAUAUCUCUGA